UCGCUCCCUAUUUGCGGGUGCCGUCGUCAAUCAAGCGCGCAUGGCGGUGGGUCGGCCGUUUGCUCGGCGGGAGAGGCGGCGUCUCUCCUGAGGGGACGGCGGCGGUGGCGGGGUCUGUCCGUGCCUCUGCCGAGCAGGCGGGCGCCGGGCGCCGGCCCUGGGUGGCGUCGGGGCCUUUCCCGCUCUCCUCAGGCCAGGCCCCCGGGAGGGCCCUCCCUUGCGGGUCGCCCCCGGCGGUGGCGGAGCCUGCGGCCGUACCUGCUCGUCUCUGCCUUUCUCCUGAGAAGACGGCGUAGCCUCAGAGACUCCCGUUUUUUUCCCUAAAGUCAGAAGAAAGCGUAAAACUGGCAACCUGGAAACGGACCUCGCCCAACAACUGACGUACCCGGCUCGAGAGUUUUGCCCGCUGAGGGCUGGAGAUGCUUCUGGAGUCAGCUCAGCAACCGAAGCUGUAGGUGCCACCGAAGUAAAGAGUUAAAGGAGGUCCAAUGACAACAAAAGCACACUCCUCUGUCACAGCAGGAUCUAUAGUUGUCCCUUAUGGACAUGUGAUUGGAAAUGAGAAAUGGAGAGGAUCAGAAAUAUCGCAAAGGCUACAAGGGAAAAUUAAGCUCAUUUUUGAAGAUGGCUUGGGACUUGUGGAUUUUCAUCUUUCAAACAAAACUUGCAUUGUAUAUAUUUCUGAAGCAGAUUUGGUUGCAGGAGAUGAAUUCAAACGAAGAUUGGUUCGGUUUAGGAAUGCUAGCAGUCUUGGUGGAAUUGUAAUUGUUGAGAGAACUCAAAUAAGUGAUCAGUACUUCUUAGCAGUACAAAAGCUUGUGGUGCUAGAACUUGGCAUGGUGUUGCUUCCUGUGGCAAAUCAAGGAGAAGCUUCUCAACUUAUUAUUCAGCUAGUCCGUGAACAAAGUAAGGACCGCAAUAGUAACCCCUUUCUUCGUAAACAGUGUUCUCAGCUAGCAGAGGCAUCAGUGUUCCGGACGGUGCAGCAAAUUCCAGGAGUUGGAAAAACGAAAGCUCUGCUUCUGCUGCAGCAAUUUGGAAGCAUCCACAGACUUUGUAAUGCAUCUAUCAAAGAGCUUGAGCCAGUAGUUGGACAAACAGUAGCACAACAGAUUUACACUUUCUUUACCUUGUGUUCCUGACAUACAUGUAUUAACACUUUCUCUUUUGGAAUAUGAAGACUUUUCUGUGUUCUCUGUGAACUCUUAAGAUUUUGUUUUUAAUAAUCUCAGUAAAAACUGAAGGGUGUUGAUUAAUUGUUUAGAGAGUACUUUUCUGCUUUCUCUUUAUAGCUACUCUCCUCAUGUAGAUAGAGCUGUAAUCUUACCUUGGAACAAGGGCUGUAAAGUGUUUUGCAUGUCUUGUAUGAAAAACUGAGAAAGCUGUCUAUUUUUCAGUGAUCACAGAAAAAACAGAAAAACAAUUUCUGUAGUUAUUUUUGUCUGUCAGAAAUAAACACUUUGUUAAUA